AUUUCGUCAAAGCAACCGACAACAACGGCCAAACAACCAAACGAACAGCGAGCAGCCCAUUCACACAUCCACGACACACAACCCACCUUCAUUCAGCCAACAGAGUUCAUCGUCCAGCGAAUCACAGCAAACACCAGCCAUGUGCAAGCACAUCCUCAACGCCCAGGUGGCCAUUCGUGCCCCGUGCUGCAAAAAGUGGUACGAUUGCCCAGAGUGCCACGAGGAGAAGGCAGACCACCCGCUCAAGAAGUCGUACGAGAUGGUCUUUGCAUGCAAGAAGUGCAAGAAGGUCUUCCGCAAGGACACCAGGGAGUACGAGGAGGCUGACGAGUACUGCCCACACUGCGACAACCACUACGUCAUUCCCGCCAAGACGCCCGAGCUCAGGAUAGAGGUUGAGGGCGAGCAAGGUGACCACCGCAUGAUCCGUGAUGAGCGCGAUCCUGACCGUGCCCGCCGCGCAGACAACUCCAUCUUCGGUAAUGGCCAGAUUGGCUUCCUUAACAAGUAGGAGAGACGCUGCUAUCCCAUCCAUCUCGUCCAUCCAUCCCACCAUCCAUCCCACCACGCGUUCAGCUCACCCCAGCUCACAUUUUGUUUCCUUUUGAUUCCCGUAGAUUUGUUUCUUUCCCUAUCUGCCUUUCUCUCCUUUCCACACUCUCUUUGUGCGCUUAACACCUUCGCCUCAUGACUGCAGAAGCAGUCAAUGCUCCCUCAGAUCAUAAACAAACAACAACACGGA